CUAUUUUACAGCAUUUUUGUCUGUUUGUUCGGAAAUAUCAAGAAUAAUUAAAGUGAUGAACAAUAAUAGAGAGAUGCGGCAAAAAUUAUUGUAUUCAAAAUAAUAAAAAAAUAAAAAUAAAAAGAUGAUAAUUAUCUAAGGACCGUCUUCUUCACUUAUCCCCCUAUAAAAAUGACCCUCUCUGCCACUUUGCUUACCAAUCACAUCUUCUUGAGUGUCUCAUACGAUUUUUCUCCAAAGUCAAAAUCACAAAACCUUUUUUCUUCAUACUCUGUUUUCUAAGAAGCUUCCAGGUCCUGUAAUAAAAAGAUAACAACAAAAUCAUGAGUGUGUCGGAGGAAUUUAAUAAAAGAGCUCAUCAGGAUUUAAUCUCGGGACUACCUGAGGAAUUAGCUACGGAGUGUUUAGUUAGAGUCCCGUUCGAGUUUCAUUCCUCAAUUAAAUCAGUUUCACGGUUAUGGCGAAACUUAAUCUCCGACGGUUGUUUUAACCGGGAACGGAGAAGAGCUGGAAAAGACGAGUCUCUUCUCUGCCUUGUCCAGCCUCUGACUUCACCGUCCUCUCCGGUUAAUUCAUCUGUAGACGGUGACGUGAAUGACAAGAAAAAAGAAGAGGAAGGAGAGUCUCAUUCACAACAGAAUCAGCAGCUUCAGCAACCACGUGUGAUUGGAACGCCACUUUAUGGAUUAAGCGUUUACAACGCAACAUUAGACACGUGGCACUGCGUCGCGAUUCCGGAACGUAUCCCUUUAUUCUGCGAGUGCGUUUCGCUACAAGACUCCAAACAAUUGUUGUUAAUCGGCGGGUGGGAUCCGGAGACGUUGCAGCCCGUGAAGGACGUGUUUAUUCUCGACUUCUCCUCCGGAGACGGGAGAGGGUGGAAGAGAGGGAAGCCUAUGUCGUCGGCGAGAUCGUUCUUCGCCUGCGCCGAGGCGGGUGUUGGCUCUAAGCAAGUGUACGUCGCGGGAGGACACGACGAUCAGAAGAACGCUAUUAAAUCUGCUGAAGUUUACGAUGUGGAGAAGGAUGAGUGGGUGAUGAUUCCUCCUAUGAGGGAAGGGAGAGACGAGUGUGUUGGAUUCUCCAUUGGUGUUGGUUUCUGCGUUUUGAGCGGGUAUGGGACGGAUUCGCAAGGUCAGUUCAGGUCAGACGCUGAGGUUUACGAUCCGGACACGGAUUCGUGGGCCUUGGUUGAGGAUGUUUGGCCUUUUCCGGAUUUGAGCCCGAGAGGUCGCACAUCCGCAGCCGUUGGAUCUAAGUUAUGGUGUUUUGUUGAUAGUGAGAGAGAGUGUGAGGCUCGUUGGGAGGUUGAGGAUGGUGAGGGGAAGUGGAAGGUUGUUAUGGAGACGGUUCGGUUACCUGUGACGACGAUGACGUCUGUUUUCGCGGGGAGUUUGAGUGGGCAAGCGGUGGCGAUGGUUGGCGGUGGCGGGGAAGAGAGUGGGACGAUGAUGGUGAGGACAGAUGGCGGGAAGUGGAGCCACGUCAGCACUCCGUCUGGUUUUUCGAGUCUUCCUUUCUCUUAUGCUUCGAUCUAUGUGUAAAUGAUCUGAAGCUGAAGAAUCAAGAAUCUCUCUUUUGAGAACACUUUUUGGCUUAACGUUUUUGAGUUAAUAUGAAAUUUCAAUAUAUUUGGGAGUUUUUAAUGUGUACAAAACAUGAUAUCUUGGUAAUUAUGUAAAAAGAGUGGUGUCAGUGAGGCGUAAAAUAAAAUGUCUUUGGUGAGACCGCGCAAUGUAAUUGCCACUCGUUUUCAUGCUUGUCACCAGAUAUCUCUGUACAUGUCAAACAGUCACAGUGCUAGUUUCUCCAGCUAGCUUCGUUGCUCGGAUGCAGAAAUCAUCAAACACAUCUAUGCUACCAAGCAGCAAGAUAUACAGAAAUCGUCAAAAUUAUAUUGUUUAAUCCGG